AUGUUACAACAAGAAGUAACCGUACUCUCCGCUGCGAUCCUACACUCGAUAUAUCUCCAACUCUACGCGCCGCGAAAUGGUGUAAAUAUUCUGUUUACGGUCCAGCAAAUUAUAUUUUUAAAUGGAGCCUUAAUUGCGGCUGGAAUCGCGGUAUAUCUUCAAGUUUAUGGGAAUCAAGGUGUUCUCGUUUAUAACGCGUUGAUCGAUGUGUACGACGAAGUAGAAGAAUACGAAUAUGGAACGAUAUCCAAGGAAUCCAACGGGGUGAUCCACACCAAUAGAAAUACAGGAUUGAAAAAUAUUUUCGCCCCGUUAUUUGAUAGAAAAACCCCAAUCUGGAAAACUAGAGAUGGACAGAUUGAUAAGAGAGGUACAAUUAUGGCAAUUGUACUUCUCCCAUUGCCACUCUAUACAUAUAUUUUCGCCCCGAUAGUCGUACUCGUCAAUGAUUUGGACGUUCCAAAAUAUCUGUUUGAAGAUAUCUGGGCAGCCCUUGGAUUGCAGGGCAAUUCUAUCGUGUGCAUUUUAAACAAAAUAAUCCGGACAGGUAUGGCAUUUGCGGCAUUUGCCGAACUGUUCAGGACGUUUCCUAACUUCAUAUUUACGAUGGUAAUUCCCGAACAAAUCAUGGUCAGAACUACAAAAUUCUUUAUAAGUCAUAGUUCAACUCUGGACUACGGAAAGCUGGCAGACCUCCUUAGGAUCUUCACGCAAUUGAAGAUAAUACUGCAAACUGGGGAGAAGCCGUUGGCAAAUGCUAUCUUCCCCCUCAUGACGGGGGGCUUGAUCUUAAGCUCGUCGUUGAACUUUGCAGCUAUCAGAUUCUAUGGGAUAUUUGAGGAUUCCGAUUAAGUCAUUACUCGUUGGAAGAGAGGAAUGAAGAAAGGGACAAAAAUGGACGCGUUCUUCGCCAAGAAAGCUAAAGCUCUGACACCGUUAGCCUUCUAUGCUGGAGUUAAUGGAUUCUUCCUGUAUACAAUCGACCGUACCGUGCUUGGAACGUAUAUUGGAUCAAUUCUGGAUUAUACGAUUCUUUUCUUAAUGUCCUUCGAAUCUGAUAUGAUCCACUCGUACGCGGCAAAGUUGUUACAUUAGGUAAGAAUUCCCACACCCCCCCUCCUUGUAAUCUAGUUGAUACCAUAACAUUCAAAUUCGCCGUCAAUUCUAAAUUUCUAAUUACCAAAUUUUUAAUUUGUGCAAAUUUUUCGUUGUCGUUCAUAGAUUUAUACGCUAUGUGUGCAUUGUUUAACUGAAAGCCUAGCUAAACGCGCAUUACAUAAGUAUAGAUAAUUGUACGAAACCAACAAUUACUCAAACAUUAUUCGAAACAAUUUCUCCGUGUUUAAGUAAGUAUUGCUGAAAUAGAGUUAUAUGUAGUAUCUAAUAUAAAUCGCACCACACUGUAAUCUUAACGUGAUUUAUAUUAUGUCUACUAUUAAUGAGAAUUUGUAUUAAAAUCACACAUAGAUGGUGUAUGUGUCAUCAGAUUAAGUCUAUGUGAAUUAAAAUAAGGCAUAGAAAUCUCACCCACUAUUAACGUCAUAGAUUACAUAAAUGCCAGAAAAUCAUAAAACUGUAAAGUAAACCACAAAAGUUAU